AUGACGUGAAGUACUUGAACUUUUUGGGCAUACAAUUAAUCUCUGGAACUUAAUACAUAACAAAACAGGUCCAUUGAAGAAUUUCUGUUCCAAACACUGGUCACAAUAUGGACAAACUGGUAGCUUUCCAAUCGCUUUCAUUGAAACUUUAUAAUAAAAUAUGAGCCAAUUUCGAUAGCGUUAAAAAUGUCGACAUCUGCAUGAAGAUAUAGAAACCACCCUAGCUAUAUAAUCUUUGCACAGUGAAACUAUUUGGAAUCGAUAAUAUCGGCGAGUGUCAUUAAUUCCUAGGUGUCUAUCAUUGAUCAUCUCCAAGAACAUUGUUGACUGCUUCUUCCAUGGAGAAAACACCUAGCUCAUCAUCAGAGAUUCAGCUUCCUCCUGGUUUUAGAUUCCACCCUUUAGAUGAAGAGCUCAUAGUUCAUUACUUGAAGAACAAGGUGACUUCGAGUCCUCUUCCAGCUCCCAUUAUUGCUGAGAUAGAUUUAUACAAGUACAAUCCAUGGGAGCUUCCAAAGAAAGCUUUGUUUGGAGAAGAUGAAUGGUACUUUUUCUCUCCAAGAGAGAGGAAGUAUCCCAAUGGUGCGAGGCCUAAUAGAGCAGCAGCUUCGGGGUAUUGGAAGGCGACGGGGACAGAUAAACCAAUUCUAACUUCGCGUGGAACCAAGAGCAUUGGAGUGAAGAAAGCUCUGGUAUUCUAUGAAGGACGUCCUCCUAAAGGAACCAAGACAGAGUGGAUCAUGCACGAGUAUAGACUGCUUGAAACCAUGGUUUGGACUCCCAAGCGAAAAGGUUCUAUGAGGUUAGACGAUUGGGUGCUUUGUCGAGUGAGGCAAAAAAGCAGCAUACAAAUGAACAGCAGGGAAGACAGAAAUAUUAACAGUCAUGAAACAGAUAGCAAUCUCCCAAACUUGAAUAAGCUAUGCCGGCCUUCAAACGCAAACCACAACGUCGAGAUGGCCAAAAGCUAUCUUUUCAAUGACUGCCCCAUGUUACCUUACACAUAUGCAUCUCAAGACCUUCCUUGUUUUGGUACAACCUCAAGCAUUAGCUUCCAAAGCAGUGACAAAUCUUGUAUUUCUGUCCAGGAGGUGAAUUCUGAUAAGAAGAAUUUGCAGAUUUCGUUUUCAUCUCUUCAAAACCUGUUUAACCCUUUGAAAAGAAAGUCCAUGGAAGGUGGUAACCAGGCCACAAGUUUUAUCCCUCCAAGCAAGAAGUUCAUCAGGGAGGAUAGAGAGAAAGAGGAAGUAAUAUCAGUAAGCAAUGAUUGCAGUGACAUGAACUUUUAUGGAACAAACCACUCCGAUGGCAACAAUUUUAGUCCAGAUGAAUGGAAUUCCAUCAUGCAGUAUCAAGAGCUUAAUCUCCUUGAUUUCACAGAAUCUGACUAGAUUUCACAGUAUGGGAAAGUAGAAAUCUGGUGAGUUGUUCAGUGUGUUGAGGUCUUCUGAUACACAAAAUAGUUUCUAAUUACGGCCUAGAUAGAUUUGGUGAUUUAUUUCAUAUUGAAUUUGAAACCUCCAUGGGUGUUUAUUUUUGAAAUAUUUAUAUUGUAUGAACGUACAUAGUAAUUAUAAUUACAUUUGGUAAAUCAAUAAAUGGUUUAGUAGCUACACUAGAGCGCAGAUUUAAGCUGAUCUGUUCAUGUGUUCUUCUGAAGUAAAUUUAGGGAGCCUUAGCGUUGUCGCUGUAAUUUAUAUUAGCAUAAAAAUAAUGUUUCAGUUCUUAGAAAGUGUAAUCAUUCAGGAAACGUUCUUCAACCAAAUGCUGUAGAUGAUGUCUGUGGAUAGAGCCACGAAAUCAUGUUUUCUACCUAUGACACCCUGAU